AUGGCCGGAGACCGCCAAAGAGCGGCCGAAAAGGCGCUCCAUGACCAGACUAACAUCCUUCCAUUUGCCCAGCUUAUGGUGGUCUUCACAAGUCUGGCUAUCUCGCUGUUGAUCGUCAUGAUCGAUCAGAACGGUAUCAGCGUCACGCUACCUACCGUGGCCCGCAAGUUAGACGCCGAAAACACGAUAUCCUGGGCUGGGACCUCGUCUCUUAUCGCCAAUACGACUUUCACCGUGCUGUACGGCCGACUAUCAGAUAUCUUCGGCCGCAAGAUCGUCUACGUAUCGGCUUUAAUACUGCUCUGCAUUACAGAUCUGUGCUGUGGUCUUGCGGUCAGCCCGGCCAUGUUCUAUAUCUUUCGAGGUUUGGCUGGGAUUGCAGGCGGCGGUGUGACUUCUCUCACCAUGAUCAUCGUCAGCGACAUCGUUACGCUAGAGCAGCGCGGGAAGUACCAGGGCAUUCUGGGUGCGGCUCUGGGCCUUGGGAAUGUCAUUGGUCCUUUCAUUGCGGCCGCGUUUAUCAUGCGCUCCACGUGGCGUGGCUUCUUCUGGCUGCUUUCCCCGCUGGCCGCUUGCUCAGCUGUUGUGGGGAUUUUCCUGAUCCCGAAGACAAAACAAAAGAGUUCCUUCCUCGUCAAUGUGCGUCGGAUUGACUGGUGGGGCGUGCUGGCUUCGUCGGUGGGUGUGAUCUUUUUGUUGAUUCCUGUCUCUGGCGGCGGUGCAUACUUCCAGUGGCAGUCACCAAUGGUUAUUAGUAUGCUUGCGAUCGGAGGAGUGUCGUUGAUUGCAUUUUUCUUUAUCGAAUGGAAAGUGGCUUCGUUGCCGAUGCUGCCAAUGGCCUUCUUCAAAAACCCUGUCCUUUCGGCAUUAUUUGUUCAAAGCUUUUUUCUUGGGGCAGUUUACCAAGUGUACUUGUAUUAUCUGCCCCUUUACUACCAGAAUGGUCGUGGCUGGUCACCUAUUGCUUCCGCCGCCAUGACAGCGCCCAUGGUUUGCUGCCAAUCGAUUGCCUCGAUCUGCUCUGGGCAGUAUAUCUCGCGAAUGAAGCGAUAUGGCGAGAUUAUUUGGGUUGGCUUUGGUCUUUGGACAUUGGCGGCUGGCCUAAUGCUACUAUUCGGCCCUCACACUCACCCUGCGAUCAUCGCUGUUAUCGUCGCGAUCUCCGGCCUGGGCACCGGUUUUACCUUCCAGCCCACCCUCGUCGCCAUGCAGGCCCACUGCACCAAAGCCCAACGCGCAGUCUGCAUAUCGAACCGAAAUUUCUUCCGGUGUAUGGGCGGAGCAGUUGGUCUUGCCGUCGCAGCUGCAUUGCUACAAGCAACACUCCGCUCGCAUCUACCCAGCGAGCUGUCCUAUCUUGCCAAAUCUACGUACUCGCUCCCUGAUAAAUCCAGCGUCAGCCCGGAGCAAUGGUCGCAAAUCCUGGACUCUUAUUCGAAGGCUUCCCACUCCGUGUUCAUUCUCCAAGUCCCGCUGAUCGGGAUCUGCUUCUUGGCCUGCGUCUUCAUCCGUGACCGUGGGCUGGAGCGCCCUAAGGAUGCUGACGAGAUUGAAGAGGAGAAGCGGAAGGCUGAGCAGGCUGCUAGAGAUGCGGAGGCUGCUCUGCAGGAGGCUGAUCGGCCGUCGAUGCAGGAUGAAAAGGACAUGAAGCAGGAGACUCGUCAUUCUUCUUCUACACUUGUCGAUUCUUCCAUGUCUCCCUCCCGAAUGGAGCCGGAACUUGCUGGUCUGGAGGAGAGCAAAAGUGAAGCGUAG